UGUUUCUCGUAAAGGUCACUUGUACGUUGCAGCUGCCGGGCGUGGUGUUAUGCCUUCCUCCAGACCCCCAAGAAUGACACAGCGAGAGAGAAAUGUGUGUGCUGAUUUUUGAAUGCAGUGCAGAAUUGCUUGCACAGAUGCAAAACUGCCUGCCUCUCCCUAGCCUUCUCUUUGUGGACAAGGGGGACGUCUGAAACGUGAAAUCCUGGGAUUUUCCAUAGCCAAGAGGGCUGGGACCACAAGCUGCAAAUUUCAGCAGCUCAGUGCAUAUCAGAAAUCUUCCAAGACUGCAAAUCUGGGAGUUACUCUGGGAUGGUCCAGCCAGUUUGGGACAAUUUGCAACACGGGCCUUGAGCAUUGGGUCAAAGAAGCAGAACCCGUAGUAGAACAGAAGUGAAGGUGCAGUCAGAGGUGAGGAUGUUUUUCUUCCCAACUAACCCAAGAUGUUUGGAACUUUAAAGAGCGAACAUUGAAUCGGGGACAAAUGCGCACAAAGGAUUCACGAGAGCGAUGCUUCAAUACGCAGCGAUUCCUUCUCUGCGGUUCUGUUCAGUAAUGAAAUCAAAAUGAAUAUUAAUCAAAUUGCAAAGAGCAACUAGCUGAAAGGAUUCCGGAUGAUGCAAGCCACCGGCAGAAGGAAGCAUAUUCCAGAAAUAGAGGACACCACUGAUGUCUUGGUUUCUGCUGUUUCCUGAGAAAAAUAUCAAGACACAAAUCUCCUAAAGUGACCAUCCUCAAUGUGCAGGAAUAUUUGCUGUCUCUCCUUAUGUGCAUGGAGGGAGAUCCCUGCCUCAGCUAGCAUUGCUAGCAGAGUCUAUGAAAAUCAGGUUUUGGCACUGAAAAGACACGAAGGUGCAGGAAAAAUAAGGAGGCGUGCAGAGACAUCAGGAAAAACACAGGGGAGAGGAAUCGAUCUGACUAAGCCCAGCGUGCAGGUCCGUAAGGACAGAGAUUUGUGGAUAUAAUUUUAUUCCACCAGAGAAUCCCGAGAACUGCUUUUUAGUCCAUCUGUAUGUUUGACACUGGAAUAGGUGCGGAGGGUGGGAAGUCACAGCAAGAUUCCAAUCUCUGCCCCACGUCUAGCAGGAAAUUCCUUUCUGCGGCCCCCCAACAUGCCUGCCUCCAAACCCGGCACGGAGUACUGGAUUGAUGGCUCCCACCGCAACACUGCCCUGGAGGACUUCUACACUAUGGGUCCGGAACUGGGAAGGGGUGCCACUUCCGUGGUGUACAGCUGUGAAGAGAAAGGAACCCACACACAGUACGCGGCCAAAAUCCUGAAGAAGACGAUUGACAAAAAGAUUGUGCGGACGGAAAUUGGUGUCUUACUGAGGCUUUCGCACCCCCACAUUAUCAAACUGAAGGAGAUCUUCGAAACGCCCUCUGAGAUUGUGCUCAUACUUGAACUAGUGACGGGAGGAGAGCUCUUUGACAGGAUUGUAGAGAGGGGAUUCUACAGCGAAAGAGAUGCAGCUCAUGUGGUCAAGCAGAUCCUAGAAGCUGUAUCUUAUUUGCAUGAAAAUGGAGUCGUCCACCGUGAUCUGAAACCAGAGAAUCUCCUGUAUGCAGACCUUUCCCCAGAUGCUCCUCUCAAAAUCGGUGAUUUUGGAUUGUCCAAGAUAGUGGAUGAGCAGGACACCAUGAAGACUGUUUGUGGUACUCCAGGAUAUUGCGCUCCUGAAAUUCUCCAUGGCUGUCCAUAUGGACCCGAAGUGGAUAUGUGGUCUGUGGGUGUCAUAACGUAUAUAUUGCUUUGUGGGUUUGAACCAUUUUUUGAUCCAAGAGGGGACCAGUACAUGUACAGCAGGAUACUGAACUGUGACUAUGAGUUUGUUUCCCCUUGGUGGGAUGAAGUCUCCCUCAAUGCCAAGGACUUGGUUCAAAAACUGAUAGUCUUGGACCCACAGAAGAGGCUAACAGUACAUCAAGCACUGGAACACCCCUGGGUCACGGGCAAAGCAGCUAAAUUUGCUCAUAUGGAUAGCACACAAAAGAAACUGCAAGAGUUUAAUGCCCGGCGGAAACUGAAGGCUGCAAUGAAAGCUGUAGUCGCUUCUAGCCGUCUAGGUAACCACGGGCAUCAUGACAGCUCCAGAAAUGGACGUACUCACGAAGGUACCAAAGAAUCGUGCCUGGCUCAGGCAGCUGAGAACUCCUCUCUUCAAGACAUUCCUGAUAGCUCUUCCAUGGCCAGCCGGCCAGAAUCCAGCGCAACAGGUCCCUUGGCAAAGGCAGAGAACCUGGAAGCUUUCCAAAGUGAUUGCCCUGCAGCUCCCAAGGUUGCGUUUAAUGGGGCCAGCUGUGAAAGUUAGUUAUAAAUAUGGCUGCCGGCUGUUAACAACUUUAACUAAACAAUAUCCCAUGACUCUUGGCCACAGCCGUAUGGAAAGGAGUAGGCAGAAGAAGAUCGAGCAAUGAGAGGAGCAUCUGAGAAAUGAUUGGAAACUGGGACUCUGAAUAAUACAUAGCAUGUAGUAGGUAUGCUUUGAUGAGCACUUGGUCUCUCAUGUGAUGCAUCCUUAUUUAAUGUCCUGUCUCCUGUAACUGGUGGCUGUGUAUGUGGGUGUCUGUAUGGACCAAACUAGCAAGUCAAAGUUGGCAAGUUAAACUUUCAACAAUCUAUUCAUGGCCACCUUGUCUAUGACAUAUGAAAGAGAAGCAAACAGCAGAUAGAGGCAUUUUUACCUUCCCUACAAAAGAAAUUAUGUUAUCUUCAUGGCUUGUUUUGUAAUUUAAUGUAAAUAAUCCUCUUAGGUAUAUUUAAUGAGGGAAGACAGUGAAUCUACAUUAUCUCUAUUAUAAUUGUUGUUAAAUCUUCAAGGCCCAACUGUGGGAUAUUUUUAGAUAGGGUUGGUAGACACAUCUGGACCUAGAUAUUUAAUGCCAUACAAAGGAAUAGUACUUGCCCUGUUUAAUUUGUGCUUCAAUUACACUCCAGUUUCAGUUGCUUUUAAGAAGUUCAGUCAUGUGCUAUGGACAACAAUGCAGAUCACAUGGUUCUUAAUAGCAGAGGCCAUUGGCCUUUGCAUUUGCUAUCUAAGCCACAAUUUACACAAUUAAUUCUAAUGAUGAACAAUGCAAAUAUUUCUACUGAGCAUCCUAAAGACUUUGUUUGUAACAUGCAAGAAGUGCUGUUGUUUCUGGGUAUCCUGCGUUGGAGACAAUGUCUUUGUACAGCAUAAUGUUGUUUCUUUUU